AUGAAAGAAAGGAAAUUACAACUGCUGACAAAUAUCAUUGCCGGUAUAUUCAUACUAGCUAACAUUGCUUCUGUUGUAUUGGCUUUGGUCAUUUGGGAUUACAAUCAUUAUAAAGCACUCUGGAAUAUUACUUACUAUGGUUCAUUGAUAUUAUCGAUUUCUAUCAGCACCAUUAUCGUAAUUAUGCUUCUGAAAGGAAUGCAUAAUAAGCAGCCUUAUCUUAUGCUUCCAUUCAUUGUUUACUGUUCACUCCAGGCUACUAUCAGUGUCUUCAAUUCGCUGAACUUUCAUUUUAGUCUUCUGUUUCUGUCCUACUUUAUUGCGACAGCUCUACUACAAUAUUGGUUUAGUGGUACCUUCUUUUUAUAUACUGUUCAGUCGGCAAUCAUAUUUAUUUUGGUAUCAUUAUAUUGGAUCAUAUCACUACAAAUUGUCCGUAAGCAACGGCGACAAAUUCAGAAACCCAUCGAGCUGCAUCACAAAUCACUAGUAUAA